UCAGAAGAUACUCGAGACGCUAUGAAUCACUUUGUAUUAGAUUUCUUGAUUCUUAAUACUGUGAGAAUCAUGGACUCUAAUGAACUAGUAUUAGUCAGGUUUCUGAUAUUCGAACAUGUCUUGAUAUAUGAAGGAGACUUUCAAAAUUCAAAUAUAUUUAAAACAUUAAUUGGUUUACUCAUCCGGCAAUUCAUCCCCAUCUUCUCCACUAAAAGUGAUUCUCCUGCGAAAUGUCGACGAGCUGGACACUUGAGUAUUUUAGAGGAGACACUCUGUUAUUUUGAUAAAGUCUUAAAUCCAAAUGGGUCGUUCAAAAUGCCAUCUGAUCGUGUUAUCGGCAAGACUAUAGUGCAAAUUCCAUGA